AUGCCGCCCAAACGAGCAUGUGAUAUAUGCUAUCGUAGAAAGAUUCAGUGCUUAAUUCCUGCUGAAGGACCCCCAUGCGACUGGUGUAGUCACCACAGAUCCGAAUGUAGCUUCAAUCGCGAAGCGCCGCGGAAAAGGCAACGCCGAAAAGUAACCGUAAGCGACGUACAAUGUCUGAACGAGCGUAUCCAGCAGCUUGAGGAUGCGCUGGCCCAAGCAAAUGCACGACAUGAUGUUCAAGGAAAAAGCUCUGGCGAUCGCGCCCCGGCCGACUCGGUUGACGAGCCGAACACUGUGCCCGUCCGGAGUUCUCCUGUAGUAGAUUCGGUUUCCCAUCUUUCCACCCAGCAAUUUCACUCUCCCCACCCCUCUUCACGAACGAGCGAGGUAAUUAGUGGUAUAUCAGUAUCCGCCUCAAGAGUCCUUCAACCUGGGAGCCACAUCGGACCAAACUGGUUCUUCAGGGGUAUACAUGCGUUUUCCGGUGAGGGCCGUCUCUGGAUCUCAUCCAAGACGGGCCAAACGGUUGACUGGACCAAGCUGCACAUAUUCAGCGCCAAGCACUCGCCGCUGACGACGCUGCCAACACCUUCAUUACCAGAAGUUUGCGAAUUGCCAGAUCGAGAUGCCUGUCAGCUGUCUAUCGCCUUCUUUUUUCAUUCGUCGUUUCAGCUGAAUUUCCCCGUCAUUGAUCCAGUUCUCUUCGAAAAGACUAUAAGCCUGGCCUACGAAAAUACUGACGAUGCUAGGACUUUGUCAGCGCGUCUCUCGGCCCGGGCAUGUGUCUUCGCCGUUCUUGGCAUCAUAGUUUUCAUUCCAGGAGCCCCUUUCUUAACACAGUCAGACUCAUACGCGCACAAAUCGCGUUGUAUUCUGAGUCGGAUUACUCGAGAUGUGAGCUUGACGACGUUACAGGCAGUGAUUAUGUUGCAUGUUCAACAUUUGCUGAGCGGUCACUGGCAAGAGGCAGACUCGCUCCUUUCAGUUGCCUCCCAGUUGGUUUACACUCUUGGCGGGCACAUCUACGACCGACAGCGAGUCUCAAGCGAUGACCCCUCACUCCCCAGCAGGGAGACACGUCACCUUCGGAAUCUUUUCUGGCUUUGCUAUAUAUCAGACAAGGAUCUGUCUCUUCGAACCGGACGGCCUCCCUUACUCUCCGACAUGUAUUGCGAUUUGACUUUGGUAGAUGAUUAUCCUAGCUCUUACACAUACCUACGAGGACUCGAUGGUUACCUUCACUCCCGCGGCACGCGCAUGGCAAACCUCAUGCCGCACUUCUGGGGCGAUGCUCGGCUCGGCUUUCUCAAAGAGAAAGUCUACCGUCAUCUAUAUUCUGUCCAUGCGAUGAGCGGCAAAGAUAACCGACUGCUCGUGCAUAUCCGCCAGCUGGACGACGAGAUCGAGUGCUGGAGGCUGUCGGUACCUGUCGACUUUCGACCAGCUCUUUCGGUCUCCCCCGAGACGCUGAUAGCCACCCCCGAUACGAGAACGCCUCAUCGGACGCGGUACUUCCAUCUUCUGCUGGAGUAUUGGUACCUGAUGAUUUUUGUCCACACGACCGUCAGGAGGUAUGACGCGCACACUGUCAUAGGCGAUGGAAGUCAUGACCUACACAGCGUCAUUCACUCGAGCUAUGACCUAUCACUGGAAGCCGGUAGGUCGACACUCCGGUGCCUAAGAGUUUUCAUAAAGACGCUCUCCGACGCAGAUUUAUGGUUUCUCAUCUUCUACACAACCAAUGCCUCCAUCUCGCUCUUCCUGAACAUGAUCAUACAUCCAGAGGAAGCAGACGGACAACUUGACCUAGAGCUUCUCAUAUCAACUGCGAACACCAUCCGCACUAUGAAGCCGCGGGCCGCAGUGACAGGUGAAGGGACGCGGAUACAGCAACACUCCGAGUUUAUUAUGUGGCUCGUGUGGCUUGGGUCCUGCGCGAUCACGAAGAGGAGAGACGUGGGACUUUAA